AUGCGAUGCGUACACGUAGAGAUGACUUGCCUUAUAUAUCUAUGUUUCUUAAUUUGUGUUUCUUAUCUAUUUUCUUUAUCUAUCUGUCUUAUCUAUCUUCGUUACUUUAUGUGUUUCUUAUCUAUCUAUUUUAUUUAUCUAUCUGUUUCUUACCUAUCUUCUUUAUCUAUCUAUCUUCGUUACCUUAUUCAUGUGUUUCUUACCUAUCUAUCUUCUUUAUCUAUCUUAACUAUCUUCGUUACCUUAUUCAUGUGUUUCUUACCUAUCUAUUUUAACUAUCUUCGUUACUUUAUGUGUUUCUUAUCUAUCUAUCUACUUUAUUUGUGUUUCUUAUCUAUCUAUCUACUUUAUUUAUGUGUUUCUUAUAUAUCUAUCUUCUUUAUCUAUCUAUCUACUUUAUUUAUAUGUUUCUUCCUGUAUCUAUCUAACCAACGCCUAGAUUCAUCUUCGUUGCCUUUAUGUUUCUUAAUAUCUGUCUUCUUUAUCUCUAUCUAUUUUAUCUACGUCGUUACUUUUAUGAGUUUCUUAGUAUGUAUCUUCUCUAUCUAUCCCUAUUCUAUCUAUAAUCUGAAAAAUCUGUUUCUAUUAUCAAAUCUAUCAAAAUUCAUCUAUCUCAGUUUUUUUAUCUCUCUAUCCGUCUAUCUAUCUAUCUAUCUAUCUAUCUAUCUAUCUAUCUAUCUACCGUUAUAUAACGCAUAUGUACGGUUUCAGUGA